UUAUUUCAGGAGAAAAGUAAUGCCAAGGAGAAGGCGACAAAGACGAAGGAGACCACAGAGCCACCAUCUACCGCGACAGCUAAAGUGGUGGAUUUGAGAAAGGAAGAGGUAAAUAUUUUACCGGUAACUAUACAUUUCAAAAAUUUAAAGUUUGAUUUUUUGAUUUUGAGUUUGAUCUUCCUUGAGUGGUGUUUUUCUGUCAUAAGCGUAGUUCCGGUUACAGCCGUUUUUAGUCAAUGAUUAUAGUCCGAGUAAAGAAGCGUUUUCACAUUUUGAUAAUGUAGCUUAAACUGAAACGUUUGCGGAAUUUUAUGUAUCUGUUUAACUCGCGGUGACUGAAACUAAUACUUCUUUUUUAAUUUUGUUCUUUAGAAAGAUCACGUCGCAGGAGACCCAUACGAAGAAUUUUUAAAGGAACAGAGAAAGAGGGAAGAAGACCUGGCAGCUAAACGUAAAAGCGCAACCAAGAAACUGAACCCUCCUGAUUCUUCCCACGACGUCAUCAUGAAAAAAAUUGAUUCUCCAGACAACAUCAGCCUGAUUAAAAAGCAGCUUGAAGCAAAAACAAGAGAGUACGAUCUUCUAAAGAAUCAGAUCCUGGAUCACGAGCGAAUCUUAAAGGUAAGCACAAAGCAAUGUAGCUUCUUUAUUCUCCGUCAAGAAUCAAGUUGCAGUGGUUACCAAAAAAUACUAACACGCCCCCUCGAAAAGCUUUUUUCUUGCUGUUUUCUUUCGUAGUUUUUGUGGACGUGUGUUUUUUUGACACGCUUCUCUCAUCGUUACUGCUCGAAGAGCGACAAUUUUUUUUCGCGGAAUGGGGCGAUUUGAAUUUACCUCAGAUAUUAACGAUACUUUGCUAUCAACUUGGUAAGGUUGCAAAUCAAACGAAAGAAAGGCAUAAUUUAAACAAAGCAUUAAAUGCAGUUUGUAUCGUUGCUGGAAGUGUGUCUAUAUUUAUGCAUUUAUUUAUUUUGACUUAAGAUGAUGGACAGAUUCGAAGAUUCUCUUGUCACAUUGGGGGAGACCUUGGGGCGCAGGUUGUCACGGAUCGAGCAACGGCUAGAAUCUAUAGAGACCGUGGUAAGUUAAAUAAUAAGGCUUAAGCUGGAUUUCCACUGUCGCGUAAUUUUUACGUGCGUGAAUGAAAUAGAGACAAUGUAUGAAGGUCACGCAUAAACGUAAAAGUUGAACCUCGCUAAGGCGUAUUGUAGCUACUUCCUUUAGUGCACAGUUUUUAAAAAAUGUAGCAAAAUUAUUCAGUGCGCUCGGCAUAAGUCAAAUUACAGCUGAGAAAGAGUUACUGCUCAGCUAGACGCCGGGCCUAAAACUUGGAAUUUAGCACACAAUAAGUUUGGCCUCUCGGAAACGCCUAUUUCAAACUAACGUACCGUGUAAGCAUUAUUUUCCUUUUGUCCUUUUGAAUGCAGCUCAGUUCGAAUAAAUGGGCUUUGGAAUACGGGAAACACAAUAGUUACGAUUCUUUUUCUUUUUUUUCCUAUAGUUCAGGAGUGAAGAGACCUACAACUCUUCCGGCCUGUUGUCGAAUCAAGAACUUUUGACGAUUGACAUGGAUACCAUGGCAACUUUACAACACGACGAAGUCAACGCCAGCAUCCCAGCUACGCCAGCAGGCCCUGCUACCCCAGAAACACCAUCACGGCCCGUAAACGCUGACAGUAUCAUGGAAAGACCUGAAAUCCCGGUGGGAGAAGAUGUAAUUCGGACUUGCGUCACUCCAAGAAAAGUGCAAAGCGUAUAUGCAACAUUACAGAAAGAAAAGGAGAGGCAUAGAUGCGCAGUAAAGCUGCUCCCAUACUUCUUUAGUGAUGAAGAACUCAAAGGAAGCAAUACUGAUGGGACCCACGGUAAACAUCCGCUCGACAGCAGCAAGCUGAAUUCUCUAAGAGUUUUAGUUUUCAGUAAAUUUCCAGUUGAAUGUACUACAGAAAGAGAUAAACUGUGGAAACAAAUCAAAGCCAAGAUCAAUGAUAGAUGUCGUGCUAUCAAGUAUGCUAAAAGGGCAAACUAA